ACUUUUAGGUUAUUUUCAAUGUUGACAUUCAUCUCGUGAUUACUUUAGAAAUCAAGAACAAGCGUUAGAAAAUAGUAUUAACUACUAGAACCUUCAAAUUUAUAUUGAAAUACGAAACGAAAGUUACUAAACUUUGUUUCUUAAUAAUGAAAAAUGUUUGAACACUCUAUAAAAGUACCAAGACAUUUCAAAAUAUCUGCAAAUAUUGUAAAGAAAGUGGCCACUGAAGGUGGUAGCGUGAAAAACCUGCUAUACGACAGUAAACUUCGAUUUUUCAGAACUAAUGUCAUAUAUGCGCUCAUAACGGAAACAAUUAAACAUUCUGCCGAUGUAGAUAAACUAUUUGAAGCGACGGGUAUUUUAACUAAAGAGCCACGCUUAGACCCAUGGCUGGCUAAAGUUAUAGCUACAGAACUCAUUUUUGGGAAAAAGGAACUACCAGGCCGUAGUAAACCUGAGGAAACAAUCCUCAAUUAUAAAGAGCUAUUUGAAAAAGUACCCCUACCACCAGUUGAAGUUAAAUCUGAAGUCCGUCGGCCUAGGUAUGUAAGGAUCAACACUAAUCUGCUCACAACCUCCGAUGCUAUUGGAGCCUUCCAAGAUGAGGGUUAUAAAUUCAUUCGAUGUACAUCAGGGUGUUAUGAUGACUACUUAAAGCAAAUACAGGGUUUAACAGAAUAUGACUUUACUCAGGACUAUCAUGUUAAAACAAUGUUUGUAUUUCAUCCAAAUACUAAGUUUCAUGAUUAUGACUUGUAUUUGGAAAACAAACUUAUACUUCAGGAUAAGGCGACAGCACUCCCUGUACACUUACUAGCUCCACCUCAAGGAAGUGUUAUUCUUGACAUGUGUGCUGCUCCAGGAAUGAAGACAACUCAACUUGCUGCGUAUAUAAGGAAUCAGGGGAAGAUAUACGCGGUUGAAAGAAACGAGCAAAGAUACCAAACACUAUGCGACUUUGUGAAUAAAACUGAGUCGAAAUGUGUAACCACUAUGCACAGGGAUUCGUUGGACAUUAAGAAGGGGGAAUGUGACGAUGCUGAGUACAUUAUUUUGGACCCGAGCUGUUCUGGUUCUGGAAUGCAACUUUCUAUCCAUAACUACGUCGAAGAUGUAAGGCUCGCGCGUUUAACCUCAUUACAAGAGAAAUUUUUAAAGCACGCCAUGAACUCAUUUCCUAAAGCUAAAAAAAUUGUCUACAGUACUUGUUCACUCUUCCCUCAAGAAAAUGAAAGAGUAAUUUCUAAUGUCGUAAAAUCAUCCCGAGCAAAAUGGAAAGUAUUAAACGUUAAAGAACUUCUUAAAGGAAAUUGGAAUAAUUUUGGAUCAGGAAUGUACGGUGAGAUGGGUACCAGAUGCCUAUAUUCAAAACCAGAUUCGGAUCUAACUACUGGAUUCUUUUUAGCAGUUUUAGAGAGAGAUCCAAAACAGGCGAACCCUGAAGAUGGAACAGAUAAAGAGCCUAGCAAAGUGAAAAAGGAGAAAAUGAAGCACCAAGUUGAAGAAGAUUUGGAGGCUGUUGAAGCUUCUUAUGCUGAAUUCAAUGACGAUGAAGUGUCGAAACAUCGCAAAAAGAAGAAAAAGUCCAAAGAGGAAUGUAAUGUACAAAAAUUACCAAAUGACAACACCAUAAAAAAGAAGAAGAACAAGGAAGCUGACUCUGCAGCAAAAGAUACUGUCGAAGAAAAUAAUCUUCAUAAUGAAGAAAGUAAAAAUUCAACGAAAAAAACGAAAAAGGAUCGUGAAAAUGACUUAGCAGAAGCGAUUAGUUUGGUUCCAGGUAAUAAUAUAGAAGAUUCAAUAGUAGAGCAAAAGAAAAAGAAAAAACGUAAAAAUAAAGAAAACGAAGUUGAAGAAAGAAAUGAAAGCAUAGAUGUGAAUACAAAUGGUGACGGUUGCGAACCGGUCAAAAAGAAAAAGAAGCGCAAUAUAGAAUGAAGUCUCUUUUAUAUGUUUUUAAAAAUAAAAUCGAA